AUGUGGAAGGGCAAAAUGGCAGCAGGGGCGAAGAAGUUGGGUCUCCCCUUCGGGAAGAAAACCUCGGACAACACAGCAUCCCUCCAAACGACGACGGUGACAGUUCCAGAGAGCAGCUACAUGUACGAGAAGCCCGAAGGAUCUACAUUGAUGUCACUAGAAGAAGAAUCUUCACCAACAGAGGCCAUGAAAUACACCUCCUGGGUACAACACCAGGAGCAAUUGAAGGAGAGUGGGUAUGACCAAAUGCCAGGUGCAAUGUGGGAAGCAGCAGCGGCGGCCCAGAUAGUUCAGACCCUGGGAGUGCCCAGUCAACAGAUGGGCACAGCCAGCGGUCCUGGGGAGAGCCCGUCAUGGCUAGAAGUGGCACGACAACAGAAGGCAACUGACUAUCCUGGUACUCAGCAGAUGGAACCCGAUGAGUCUAUGGGAUCAACACUCCACGACACUAUUCGUCGCCAAUCCCUAGCUCAAAUUGAUACAUUCCAGACCCUCCAAUCCAACCUGACCCCAGAGAGCUCGCUGACCAGAGAGAUUAUCACCAUCGCAGACCUCAGAAGCCUUGCAGACACCGCGACUGCACAAAUCUCACCAGUUGAGUCAACCUCCACCAUUGGGGGAACCCUCGACACUAUCACCAAGGAAGAAAACCCUAUCCCACUCACACUCCCAAGACUCUCUGGGGCCCAAACCCCAUAUUACAACGACGACGACCCAUGGGAUGAUCACUUCCAUACCAAAUCCCCACAGCCAGAGUGCAGAGUCUUCUUUGUGGACGAUGGGCCUGAGGACGACACCAUCAUCUGGUGGUUCACUGGAGCACACUCCCUUGCUGGAACCACAGAUGUCCCAAACCCUGUCAAGGAAGAGCUCAAUCAGGCAAAUCACAACGACUGGCCCCACUGCUGGGAGCUCCAGUGGUGGGUCUACGAUAGAGAAGACUUCGACCUCAUUUUCGAAGAAUAUCGAAGAUACUUUGCAUAUGUCUGGAACUGGAACCAGAUAUGGAUCGAUGGAAAUCCCUACCUCCUAUGGUACGAACCCAUCUUCCAUCCAACUGAUCAUACCGAUCGAUUGGACCCGUGGGUUAGAGCCAGGAUACAAAUCGACAGGCUCACCCAUGCGGGAGAAUAUGCAAAUGAACCCCCCUUCAAUGAGGAAGGCGACAAGUUCGUUCAGGAGUCCAGUACCAGACCCUACUGCUGA